AUGAUAGCUGCUCUCUCAGGUGAACCCGUUGCCAAGGGGUACAUCCACAGUCAGUCGUCCCAGUCGCUGCAACUCUUCCAAGAAAGGCUGGGCCACCUCCUUAAGUACCUGCUUGCGGUUUCCCGCAUCACCUACCUGCAGGAAAAGAGAGGGCGUAGGUUUCGCUUUCAGCAUCCUGAGAAGCGCGACGACGCCGUCAGCAAUGGCGCCCUCUGCGCGCCGGAAGAGUGGGCGCAGGAGUGCCCACGUCACGCGAAGCACCUGGAAAGAUUGGAGGACAGCCUGCUGCUAUACGGCGUGAACUGCGAAGGCGACCGCCUCGUGCUUAACGUCUCGCGUCUCAAGAACCACGUAGCCCACCUAUGGCUGGCGCUGUACACAUCCGCCGGCAGGUCCCGCUACUCACUGCCGGCCACCUUCACUUUGGACCGCAGCGAGGGUGCCUGCUUCGCCGCGGCAGGGCUUCGGCUCCAGUGCCUGGCGCCCAACCGCCGGUGGAGAGUCGCAUUCAACGGACUCCUCAGGAAACAUGGAAAGAGCCGUAGCGGAAGUUCCACGGAAAGCGAAGUUCAUGUCAAGUUCGGCUUUAUCUGGUCAACAGUAUCGCACACUCUUGAGCAGCCUGCCGAAACAGCUUCUUCUCUGCUGGCUGAAAGCCUGGCCAGAAUGCCUAUGGUUGACAUGCUCUGCGAAAUCGACAGAUUCAUCGCCGAAAUGGACACCUAUGACCAGGCAGGUAUGAUGACUGGCCAGCUGGCACUGGAAGAUAGGACAAAAGAAGUACACCUCUGGGGUUACAAGGUCCGAACACGAGGGUAG